AUGUACAUGAGCAUAGUUGGGAGACUAAUAUAUCUUACACACACAAGACCAGACAUAAGCUAUGAUGUUGGUGUGGUCUCAAGGUUCAUGCAUUCACCUACAAAACAUCAUUUUGGAGCGGUAAAAAGGAUCAUUCGUUAUGUUGUUUGCACCAAGCAUUAUGGAAUAUGGUAUAUGAAGUCAAAGAAACUACUUUUGGAAGGCUUUACAGACAGUGACUGGGCAGGGUCACAAGAAGAUAGAAGGAGCACAACUGGAAAUUGUUUCAAUGUGGGAACUGGAAUUAUCUCAUGGUUAUCAAAGAAGCAAGAAAACGUCGCAUUAUCCACAGCAGAGGCUGAGUAUGUGGCAGCCUCAAUCACAACAUGUCAAGCAAUCUGGUUAAGAAAACUUAUGAAUGAUCUCAUGCAAGAACAAACUGAAGCAAUUAUGAUCUACUGUGACAAUCAAUCCGCGAUUGCAAUGACAAAAAUCCUGUCAUGCAUGGUCGAACCAAGCACAUAG